AUGUUGAUAUUAAUUGUCUGUAUAUACUUGUCACUCGCUGCUGCUUCCACAGAUGACUCACGCCUAGAUGAAGAAAGGCCCUUCAAAGUGUUUCGUGUUGUUCCCACCACCGCUGCCCAGUUGAAGAGGAUGAUUGCUCUAUUUGAGACAGCAAAAAGUGACGAAGCCGAUUUCUGGCAUGCGCCCAGCGUUGUGAACAGCACUAUAGACGUGAUGGUAUCGCCGCUACUUAUUGAAAAAGAGGGUACCAUUAAAAUGAAUCCUGAAGGCGUCAGCGAUGACGACUUCAUUCGUAUGCACGACGACACGGGCGCAUUUGUUAGCAAACUGAGAAUGGGCGAAUAUUAUUCCUAUUCGACGAUCGUCGCAUGGAUGAAGCGAAUAGCUGAUCGAAUGCCAUCGAUUGCAAGGGUGGUCGAUAUCGGUACCAGUACAGAAGGAAGAAACAUUCUGGGGUUGCAGUUCGGUCAGGAUAGUCCUCACAAGAAAGUGGUGGUAAUUGAUGCUGGUAUCCAUGCUCGUGAAUGGGCUGCUGUCCAUACCGGAAUGUAUUUUAUUAAUCUCAUUGUUAACAACCGUGAAAACGACCCAAAAAUCCGUAGCUAUCUGGAAAAUAUCAUCAUUUACAUCUUUCCUGUGCUCAAUCCCGACGGCUACGAGUACACACGGACGGAUAAAACCAAUCCAAGGGCACGUAUGUGGCGCAAAUCCAGAUCAGCCAAAGCGUGCGCCUUCGACGGCAUCUCCAAUGCCUGUUGUCAGGGAGUCGACCUGAACAGGAAUUUUGAUUUUCGUUUCGCAGGUGAAUCCUUUGACCGCAUUUAUGGUCGCAUUUCUCCAGCACAAUGA